CCGCCGCACACGCACUUGCUGCCCACCGUCGUCACUCCCCCACCCGCGCCGCGCUCUUCCACCGGACUUCCGGCGGCCGAUGCGAUGCCGGCACUGUUGCGGCCCGCCGUGCUGCCCGUCUGCGCCGUGACUAGCGGCGGCGGCAGCGGGGGCAACGACAAGUGGGCGCCGCGGCAGCAGCGGUCGUGGUGGGGGAGGAGCAAGCAGAGCCUGCCGCACCAGCCGGGCGGGAGCGGGGGCGGGCCCCUGGACCAGGUGCUCGGCGUGCUCCGCCGCGACGGCGAGUUCCUUCAGGCCGCCGCCGCCGGCGGCCAGCUCCGCGACGCCCUCUGGCUCCGCUUCCUCGAGAAGAAGAAGAAGCAGCAUCAGAGGGGGAAGCAGCCGAAACCUAAGCCCGUGAACGAGGAGGAGGCGCCGGCACCGGCGCCUCGAGCCGCGGCGUUCCCAGCCUAUCCGCCAGGGCUGUCUUGCGUGGAGCUGGCGAUGGCCGAUCUACAGGCCCUCAAGGUGUACGCAGAUUCGUCGAGGAAGGAGUUCGUGCUGCGAUUCCUCGGAAGCAAGCAGCAGCAGCAGCAGCAGCCUCAAUCUCAACAACAAUCUGCUAAACCCAAACCAGUUUUCCAGAAACAACUUAAACCCAAAAAACCCAAACCCGAUGAACAGCAGAAACAGCAGCAGGCGCUUCAGGCGCCGGCCUUCCCUCCCCAUUCCUACCCACCAGGGAUGUCUUGCAUGGAGCUGAUGAUGGCCGAUCUUGAAGCCCUCAAGCUGUACGUCAACUACUUCUUGGCCAUUCUCACCACUCCUCUGCCCCAGCAUUACGACCCUGAUCUCCUCGCUCAGUACUUCGUUUCGCGGCCUCACAUCCUUGUAUUUCGCAUGGUUGAAGUAAGCUACAAUUGCCCACCAUGUUUGCUUUUACCUAGGUUUACCUGCUUCAGUUCAUCUAUAUGA